GGUGCCGGAAAUCUUUUAAACUAGCGACGAUGGGUGUUACGGCCCUGGAGUCCCAUAUGAAGGCUGCCAAACACAUUGCGUGUAGUACUGCUCGCCAGCGCCAACCACCAAUUGUGCAGUUCUGUGCACCACAGACCUCUUCGGUUAAUGAAACAGCUCUGGCUAUCAAUAAUGAAGACAUUUCAACAUCAAACGCAUUGCCGCCACAGCCAAAGAACAUCAUAUCUUACUGCGGCUCGACAAUCUCAAAACAAUCUCUGAGCACCACUCUUACACAUCGAAUGAGAACAUUACAGAGAUUUUUAAAACCAUGUUUCCUGACUCCGAGAUCGCAGCUACAUUCUCGUGUGGAAGCAACAAAACUUCAUAUAUUACUAAAUUCGGAUUGGCUCCCUUUAUAACUAAAGAACUGACUGACAAGGUCAAUAUAGCCAACGGGUUUGUGGUCAUGUUUGACGAGAGUCUCAAUAAGAUGACGAAAAGUAAGCAGUUGGACCUUCAUAUUCGCUACUGGGUGGAUAACCAUGUCCAGUCACGAUACUUCGGCUCGCAGUUUAUGGGCCAUGCAACGGCGGUGGACCUGCUCAAACAUUUCAAAGAGUGUGUAUGUGACCUUGACUUGAGGAAGAUGGUCUCAGUGUCUAUGGAUGGACCCAAUGUUAAUUGGCGUUUUUUUGAGAUGCUGCAGCAGGAGCAUGCAGAGCAUUUUGGGGGUGUUCAGCUGGCAGUGGUGGGGAGUUGUGGCCUGCAUACUCUCCAUAAUGCUGUCAAAUGUGGAUUCACCGAGUGGCAUAUGGAGAAGUUCCUAAGAGCUCUGCAUACAAUUUUCCACAAUGUGCCAGCAAGGAGAGAGGAUUUCUAUAAUCUCACUAAGUCCAAAAUCUUCGCUUUGCCUUUUUGUGGUCAUCGCUGGGUCGAGAACCUCCCUGUGGCGGAGAGGGCCCUUGUCAUCUGGCCAGACAUGAUGAAGUAUGUUGAGGCUGUCAGCACCAAAAAGCUUCCUAACCCUGGGACAUCCUCCUAUGAUACCAUUGAGGCAGCAACCAAAGACCCUCUCAUUCUGGCAAAGCUUAACUUUUUCAUGGCAGUGUGUCGAAGUGUAACACCUUUCCUCACCAGAUACCAAACUGAUGAACCUGUGCUGCCUUUCAUUGCUAAUGAUUUGGCUGAACUGCUGAAGAGUUUGCUGAGGUGAUUCAUUAAUCAAGAACUUCUCAAUGAUGCCACACCUCAGCAUUUGGUCCGGCUUGAUGUUAGUGAUAUGCAGUCCAGGGUUCAUCUAAGAGCUGAUGAUAUUGGCAUUGGAGCUGAGGCUGCAAUAAAGGUAUUUAGGAAAUACAUAUUGUGUGACCAGGCUGGUGUCCCUGUUGUUAGACUGGUCUACUCAACCUCUCACUGGAUUAGCUAGAAGGAAAGAGGAGGGAGGGGAAGCUAUUUACUUAAUUUAGUCCCCAUUCAUCCUUAGGAACGUCAGCGGCAGAGUAGAUCCACCGAGGAGCUUUCUGUCCUCCAGUUCAGAAAAGAAUGCAUGGAGGGUCUGUCCAAAAUUGUAAAGAAGAUUCAAGAGAAGAGCCCUUUGAAAUUCCCAACUGUAAGACAAAUGACUUGUCUUAACCCAGCCGUGAUGUAUUCAGAUCCAGAAUUGUGUCAGGGCCAGAUGAAGUGUCUAGUCAAAAGGUUUCUUCAAGACAAGCAGUUAGAUGGAGUUGCUACAGGUACAUAAGAUUAAGUCCUGACGUUAGGCAUACAAUUUACAAAAAACACAUGUACAUUUGAUUGGAUUAUUAUAUAUGUGAGGGAUUUUUAUUUCACUUCUUCUUUAGGUGAUCUGAUCAUUCAGCAGUUUUCACAAUUGUUGUCUCUGGAGGUGAGGAAUGAGAAGUUCCUGUCUUUCAAGCCCCUUGAGGAGAGGCUGGAUGUGUUUCUCCAUUCGUAUAUAAGUCAGCCCUACCCACAGCUCUGGGCUUUCAUCAGAAACCUUCUGCUCCUCUCCCAUGGGCAAGCUACGGUGGAGAGAGGCUUGUCUAUCAAUAAACAAGUAGAAACUUGUAAUAUCCAUGAGGACACUGUCAUUGCACAAAGAGUUGUGUGCGAUUACGUGUCCAUGCAUGGGGGUGUUACCAAGGUGCCCCUCACACCAGAGCUCCUGUCUUCAGUCACAUCAGCAAGGGUGAGGUACAGAAUGCAUCUUGAAAGUGAACGGAAGAAAAAAGAAUCUCAAGCACAGGGUCAAAAAAGAAGAAUGAUUGAAGAGCAGCUAAAAAAGUCAAGACAGACCAUCCAGGAAGUUGCAGAGCAUCUGAGGAGGGAUGCAGACAAGAUGGCAGAAGAGGCUGAGGGCAAACAAGGCAGCAGAAUGGCAGAGCUAAUUGCCAAGUCAAACGCAUUGAGAAGAAGCCACAAGCAGAAGUUGACAGAACUUGAGAGCCUGGGCGAAAAAAUUGCAACCAAGGCAGCAGACCUGCGAAGGCUGUAGUGUUCAACAUCAAGAUCAAAUCUAUUUGUUAAUUGUAAAUCAAAUGUGUGUUAUGCUGUUGCGUAUACACGUACAUAUAUCUGAUCAUUUAAAUAAAAUGUUUUAUUUAAUUCAAGAUGCCUACUUGCACAUAAUUAUUUUCUAGGGAUCAACAUUUAUACAGAUUUGACAUUUUCCCUUCAUACGUCUGUCGGAAUGGGUUCGAAGUUGGCAUUGAAUUUAAUUUGAAAUGGCAUUAAAAAGGUCUUAAAAAGCCUUGAAUUUUAUUUGGAAGAUCCUGGGGGUACCCUGGUAUGUGCGGCUUGUAUGCUUGAUAACUUUACGUUGGUCAUGCUGAUAAAACCUUAUUUGCGGUCUGAUGUUCAACGCUGUCAGCUCGAUAUAUCCGUGACUAUAUUCUAGUAAAUGUUUGAAAUUGGAGCGUUUUACUGUCACACGAGCUACUUCCUGGUUGCGGUGCUGAAUGGGUAAUGUAGUCAAUCGCUUUACUUUGGUAAUGGAUUGCUAUGCACAGCAACUACACUCACUUUAGACCAAUAUACACCUUUGUGGUUUUGGGCUAUUAGUUCAAUAUGUAACAUUGACAUUGCUGUACAUUUGAUGUGUUUUACAUUGAUGUAUAUUUCUGUGUUUAGAGAAAUGUGCU